UCUUUGCAGAUGUCUAGCUGACGGGCCGAUUAAGAAGAGCUGCGAUGCCGUAGUCGUCGCUAUGAGCGAGAGCCGGUGCUACACGGAUUCGCCCGUGCUCGCCGAACAUCAGUCCUUCAACCGUAAUGGGAAGGCGCUUAGGGGAUCUAAGAAGAGCGUGCUGUUCUAUACGACCGACUGUGGGGACGAAAAAGAGGACCUGGGUCUCAAGCUUCAGCAGCGAUCCGUCUCGCUGACCGCAUUGCACACCGGAGUUGGCGCCCAGCAGCAGCUAUUGGAGCCCAGAAUGGCGCAAUUGGAGACCCUAGAGGCUAAGAUGGCCAGUAUAGAGGUAUCGUUGUCGACGACACCGAGGCGGAAGAAAGGCGGUAGUAUUUCUGGAGGAAUCCCGUCCCCCGCUGGUCAUCGGAAUAGAGAUCAUUACAAGGAAUUGGAUGCUCUCCGAGUGGCUUUGCGCGACAAAGAAAAUGUUAUACAGACGCUCAAGGGCCAGCUCUGCAACACGCUGAGCGGUAGACUGGCAUUACGCAACGGCGCGCCACCCUUGACCGAGGCCGACAGGAAAGCAGCCGAGGAGCGGCUUCAAAGGCUGCGACGAGACGCCGACAAUAAGCGUCUGGCCAUUAAGAACCUGAAGCUCGCGCUCGAGCGUCUCGAUAUCACGGAGUAAGUACGAGGAGAUCCGCCGCGGGUUUACUCGGAGCCGCGUUUAUCGUGAAUCGCGAUUAGCGAUACCUUACGAACGUUACUGUCAUAAACACAGCAGCACCGGAGAAUCUACAUGCAAAGUCUGCGGGACAGUGUAGACAAAAAGCCCAAGUUGUCAACGUAAUUAACGCAAUACGCUUUAAUGGAACAUUAUUGCACUGCGCGUACAAGGCCGACGUAUAAUCACUUUAUCCGAUGCACAGCUGAUAAUUAUCGAAAUGGUCAGAACGGUUGAUGUUGUAGUAAUCGAUCUAAAGUGUG